CCGGCUCACCGACAUGCCCGCCGACUGCCUUGCCGGCACCGCCGGGUGGCUGGCCCGCUUCUGGAGAUGGUCCCGCGGGGGGUACUCGCAGGGGCGCUCCUACCCCACCAGCGUGAUGAACCACCGCGGCUGGCUGUGGCCGCUGGGACGCCUCACCGGACUCCUGCCCAUCUCCUUCAAGGAGUGCGUCUGCUCGGCGCCCUUCAACGCGUCGAGGGCCGGCUCCGAGCACGCCGUCAACGACUCCACCCUGCCCUCGUGGGACCAGCCCGCCCACGUUGCCACCUCACGAUGCUCGUGCCCGGUGGCGGAGCGCUCCAUCCCCUGGCUGGCGUACUCGUUCGCGGUGGUGCUGGUGCUGGUGCCCAGUGCCAUGUGGGGGCUGUACUCGGACAGCAAGAACGCCAACACCGAGGGGAAGCCCUCUCUCCGCAUGCAGAGCAAGACGGACAUGAUGGUGACCUUCUGCGACAUCAUCAGCGUGUCCUUCUGCUCCGUCACGUGCUUCGCGCAGCUCGCCUUCUCACAGACCGCCCUCUUCAUGGUGCUGGAGCAGCUGCAGCAGGUGGACCGCACGCUGUCCGUCCGCGCCCCCGCCGUGCCCGGCAUGCUGGCCCUGUGGCUGCUCGUGCUGGUGGGCGUCAUCUUCAUGGACGGCGUCAUGUGGACGGAGAUCAGCAACACCAUCAGCUACGCCGCCACGUACUUCCCGUUCUACGUCGUCUACUUCCUCACCUUCAUGAUGGAGGUGCUGUUCAUCGACGACGCCCACGGCAUCUACAUGCGCUUCUUGGCGCUCAACGAGAAGCUGGACCAGUCGCUCGCGCUGCCCACCUACCAAGCCGCCACGGAGCAGCUCCCCUUCGGCGCGGUGGACGGCGGCUGGCUCGGCGAGGCGGCCCCCAGGGGCACGGCGGUCUCCAUCACGGGCAUCGCGGAGAGCAACGGGAUGUACUCGUCCAAGACGGGUGAGGGCCGGGAUCGCUCACAAUGUUGA